AUGCUAAGUCUAAUUAUUCUACUGCAUUUGGGUGUUCGCAUCGCACAUGGCUAUCCUAGCCCUGCACGCCAGCAAAUUGCCGAAACCGCACCGUCGCUAUUCCUCAAGACUCUCAGUGAAAGCAAUGAAACCGUUUUUACUCCUUAUAAAUCCCUUGAUUAUGGACGGUGGCAACCUGACAGCACUGUCUAUGACGGUGUUCCUAUGGUUGAGAAGCAUGCCGUUGUUGAUGGCAAAAACUUGACAUACCAGGACUUUGAUAUACCUGCACUCACAACAGAGCAGAUUAGGAAGUAUCUGAUGUCGACUCCAGAGUUUUUCAAUAGCCAUGGGAAGCUAUCUUACACACUUGAAGACGUUGAGAAAUACAGGUAA